AUGCCACGAUCUCCUGAAAGACGACGCCAUCGUGACCGUAGCCAUUCAAUCGAUCGGCACAAGGACGAUUUUCGCAAGGACAGACAUCGCAAACGCAAACAUCGGUCUCGUUCACCUGAUGAGCGAUCACGACGACGCAAAGAGAAGAAGUCAAAGAAGGACCGUUACAGAGACGUGAGCGAUCAUGGUGAAGACGACGAUGAGCUUCCAGUUUCUUCUUCACGACCUUCGCUUGAACACCUCGGCUAUUCAAACGUCAACAAUCCAUUCAAUGAUAUCAACCUCGAAUCGAAGUUUGAGUGGACCAAAAAGAAGCAAAGGGAUCGUAAGAUGUUCGGCAAAGACGCAUCCGAGAUUCGCAAACGUGAACAUGAACGACGUCGAGAGACAGAGGAAGAACUCGCCAAACUUAACAAACGACGUGCUGAACGUGAGAUUGAGAUGCAGUUGCGUGAAGAGGAAUUACAACGUAUGCAAAGAGACGCUGAGCUUGCACAAAUGGGUGAUUGGGAGACCAAGGAAGAGGAAUUUCAUCUUGAACAAGCCAAACGACGUGCUGAGAUCCGUAUCAAAGAGAAUCGUGCAAAACCAAUUGAUAUCUUGGCAAUGAACUUGCGAUUAGCCAAUGAACCGGACAAGGUGGAAGAUGAUGUGGAGCUCGAGAUUGAUCUGGAUGAGCCAUAUACCAUUUUCGAUAAUUUGAAUCUCGAGGAUACUGAGGAGCUAUAUCAAGACAUUCAGAUGCAUCUCAAGCUUGAAAAGAAUGAAAAGACUCUCGAAUUUUGGCGCGCAUUGAUUGUGGUGGCAGAUGACAGACUCAGCAAAUUACGUGCCAAUGAAGCUCAUUAUGCAGCAACGGGUGUUACAGAAGGUGUCAAGCAUGAUGUGGAUCGAGUUCUUUCUGGCAAGACAUAUGCCCAAUUGGAAGCACUACAACAACAAAUCAUGCGCAAGUUAGGAUCCAAUGAGCCGAUUGAUGUGGAAUAUUGGGAGAAUUUGCUACGUGAAUUGGUGGUGUACAAGGCCAAGGCCAAGUUGACAGACAUGCAUCAGGAAAUGCUGGCGAGUCGUCUCGUACAAUUGCGUACACGACAACAAGAGGAAGCACGUAAAGUGCAAGAGGAGCUUGAGAAGGUCUUGUCUAUGCAAGAGAUUGAAGUGCAUGGUCGUGGUGUUGAAGCUGGAGAAGGUAUCAAUGUGGAACCUGUGGAUCAGGAAAUGACCGAAGAACAAGAUCGCACCUUUGAAGCCGAGGCAGCUGCAAAGCAAACAUUGGCAGUAGAACCCUACGAACGUGGCAUGAGCCCUGAGCCGAUAUCACAUCUCAAUCGUGACGACCGUGAAUUACCUAUGGUGGAUCCUAUUGAUGACUUGCGUGAACUGAUGGAACAACGCCGUCGUGUAUUGACCAAGAAGAUUAUCCCUAUCAAACGACCUACCAAGCCAGAGCCAGUGGCUGAACAACCAGCGGAUGAUUCAAUUGCAUCAGCAGUAUUGUUUGAACAAGAAGCCGCCAAGGGCAUUGAUGAGGAUGAAGCCAUCUUCAAUAUUGAAGCCGAACUUGCAAAGCAAACCUAUCUCUGGCAAGACAAGUAUCGGCCGCGGAAGCCUCGUUACUUCAAUCGUGUGCAUACCGGUUUCGAGUGGAACAAGUACAAUCAAACUCACUAUGACCAUGAUAAUCCUCCACCCAAAGUUGUCCAAGGAUACAAGUUCAAUAUUUUCUAUCCUGAUCUCAUUGACAAGUCCAAGGCACCAACCUAUAAGAUUGAAAAGGAUCCUGAUUCUGCAGAGACGGUGUUGAUUCGAUUUAGUGCUGGACCACCCUAUGAGGAUAUUGCAUUUCGUAUUGUCAACCGUGAAUGGGAAUACUCGCACAAGAAGGGAUUUAAAUGCAGCUUUGAUAGAGGUGUACUAAGUCUAUGGUUCCACUUUAAGCGACAAUUCUAUCGCAAGUGA